UGUAGCAUCUGUGACGUCAGGAGAGACCGGGAUGUAAAAGCUUGCGGCAGGAGCACGCGGGGCUGCACGAGGCCGGAGCAUCGCGGUAAUCAUCGGUAGCACGAGCGGUUUCCUAGGCUACUAACUUUGGCGACCAGACAUGAACGGAGAAAUGAACGGUUAUCACAACGGCUUCAUUGAUGAAGACUGCUUCUUAUUCACCUCCGAGUCGGUGGGAGAGGGACAUCCGGAUAAGAUCUGUGACCAGAUUAGUGAUGCUGUUCUUGACGCCCAUCUGAAGCAAGACCCUGAUGCCAAAGUGGCUUGUGAAACAGUAGCCAAGACUGGAAUGAUCUUACUGGCAGGAGAAGUGACGUCUCGUGCCAACGUGGACUACCAGAAGAUCGUCCGAGACACUGUGAAACACAUCGGCUAUGACGACUCCUCAAAAGGCUUUGAUUAUAAGACCUGCAACGUGUUGGUGGCUUUGGAGCAGCAAUCUCCGGACAUUGCUCAGGGAGUUCACUUGGACCGUAACGAGGAGGAUGUUGGCGCAGGAGACCAGGGACUGAUGUUUGGCUAUGCUACAGAUGAAACAGAAGAGUGCAUGCCCCUCACCAUCAUGCUGGCCCAUAAGCUGAAUGCCAAAAUGGCUGAACUGCGUCGCAAUGGUGUCCUGCCCUGGCUCCGCCCGGACUCCAAAACCCAGGUGACCGUGCAGUACAGACAGGACCACGGUGCAAUGCUCCCGGUGCGUGUGCACACUAUAGUGAUCUCUGUGCAGCACGAUGAAGACAUCUGCCUUGAUGAGAUGCGUGAUGCUCUGAAGGAGAAGGUGGUUAAAGCAGUGGUGCCUUGCGUUUACCUGGAUGACGACACCAUUUACCACCUGCAGCCCAGCGGGCGCUUCGUUAUCGGCGGACCACAGGGCGAUGCCGGGUUAACAGGUCGUAAGAUAAUUGUAGACACGUAUGGAGGUUGGGGUGCACACGGCGGAGGAGCUUUCUCUGGGAAGGAUUACACAAAAGUUGACCGCUCUGCCGCCUACGCUGCCCGCUGGGUGGCCAAGUCUCUGGUCAAAGCAGAACUCUGCAGGCGUGUCCUUGUACAGGUAUCUUAUGCAAUCGGAGUAGCUCAUCCUCUGUCCAUCUCCAUUUUCCACUAUGGCACGUCGAAGAAGAGCGAAAGGGAACUGCUGGAGAUUGUAAAGAAGAACUUCGACCUUCGUCCAGGAGUCAUUGUGAGGGAUCUGCAGCUGAAGAAGCCCAUUUAUCAAAGGACAGCUGCAUACGGCCACUUCGGACGCGACUCCUUCCCAUGGGAGAUUCCCAAAAAGCUCCAGUACUAAACUGCUGUCAAACUCCUCCCCCCCCAUGGCCUGCUGACGUAAACUACAGAGAAGUGUGCAAGGCUGCAAGAGAGGGGUGGAGUUUUAGACAAGCUUCAUCCGACACAAACGUUCAGAUUGUAAUUAAUAACCAUUUGUUCAAAAGGCAACUCUACCAACACAAAGCGAAAUGAUUUAUAUUUCUUUUAAAAGUCAUGACCUUAAUCCUCAUUCCUAAGUCUUAUUUUUUUUUUUAAUUUCUCUUAAAGACAUCAUACACUCAAGUUAUUCCUGUGUGUGUGUGUGAGAGGAUAUUUCUAUUGAUAUCAUAAUGAAUUACUGAAACAGCUAGUUCUUUCUAUGCCUACAUUUAAGGUCUUCCUUGUGGGCGUAGACAAACGUCCCUACAAUGUCAAGACCAUCAGAUAAUCUUAGCUUUGGGGAAACACACUCAACCAAAUAUCAUAGCUCUCUUAUUCUUAUGUUCUGAUUUUAUGCCUCAUUUUGUUUUUUUCUUAAUCAUUAAAUGUAAAAAACCUGGUGCUGAUGGAAAAGGGAAAUAACCACCUUUUUAAUUUUAAUAGGCAUUUUCUCAGUCAUGUUCACUUUCUGCUUACUUUGCCUUGUUGGGACUGAAAAAUGUGGCUAGUGUUUUACAGAGAAACUAGCCUUGUUUACAUUCUCUCUCUGUCUCCGACGGCUUUUACAUUAAGUCUUUAUUUAUGUCAUUUAAAAAUAAAACGCAUUUUGCAUUCCCUCAA